UGAACUGAGAGAAAGCUGCAGUCUUUACAGGUUUCUGUGUAAAUGGAUCGAGGUUAGCUCCCUUGUUUCCAGGUUGGUAGUGAAUUCGAAACUCGUGAGUUAUGGCGACUUAAAUUGUUGUUUUUCGACUGUAGUCAUUGUACCGCCAAUUGUGCAUGUCUUGUUUUUGUCUGCUUUUUAGCACGGGGGUUCCAAGUGUGGUUACCAUCUCAACAGCUUAGUUUUGAUUGUGAACAAUUCUUUAAGCUUUCUUGGCAAGGCAGCAGCUAAUGAUAACCUCGCUAUAAUUAUCCAUAUACUCGAUCCCUUUCUCCACGCAUCAUAUUUGAGUGCUCAUUUCCCAGGAGAACAAGCACUCAACAAUUGUAGUUAAGCUAGCGGAAGGCAGGCUGGAGUUGGAGGGCAACAUGUCAGGCGCUAACAGAGCACAGGGAAGCGCGGCUAGUGACUACCAGAAUCAGGAAAAUGUACUGCAGAGACUCAGAGGCUCGCUCAAAGCCCGACCUGUGGCGUCUGAAAACCAAGAAAACCUUCCUCCGAAGCAAGCCGCCAACAGAACCGUGCUAGGAGCCCUGCAGAACAACCAGAGGAACAAAUCCCAAGUCGGCGGAAAGCAGGAUUCCACACAAUCCCUGUCUUGUAAAAAUGAAGACUUUGGGAAAAGCUGCUUUGAUAAACCGCUGGCCAAGCAACCCGCUUUCCAGAUCCAUAUUGAUGAGCCUGAUGGAGCCUGCAUCAAGAAGCCACAGCAGGCAGUUGAGAGUAUCAAAGCCAAGCCCACAGUUGAAGAAUCCCCACUGGCGAUCAAUGCUGUGGCACGGCUCCGGCAGCCCCUUGCCACUAUUGAAAUUCCAUCAGCGAUGGAUGUCAGCUUUGAUUCCCCAAUGGACAUGUCUGUGGUUGAGGGGGAGGAAAAACCAGUGAAUGUAAAUGAGGCCCCAGAAUAUGCAGCUGAAAUUCACAGCUACCUGAGGGAGAUGGAGGUGAAAACCAGACCUAAAGCUGGCUACAUGAAGAAGCAGCCUGACAUCACAAAUAGCAUGCGAGCCAUUCUGGUCGAUUGGCUGGUCGAAGUUGGCGAAGAGUACAAGCUCCAGAAUGAGACACUUUAUCUAGCUGUUAACUACAUUGAUCGCUUCCUUUCCUCAAUGUCUGUCCUAAGAGGCAAACUUCAGCUGGUUGGCACUGCAGCUAUGCUGCUAGCUUCGAAAUUUGAAGAGAUCUACCCACCAGAGGUGGCAGAGUUUGUUUACAUCACAGACGACACCUACACAAAGAAGCAAGUGUUAAGAAUGGAGCAUCUGGUGCUUAAAGUGCUCUCAUUUGACCUGGCAUCACCAACAAUAAACCAGUUUCUCACUCAGUACUUCCUUCAGCACACUGUUACCAAACAAGUGGAGAGCUUGGCAAUGUACCUUGGUGAGCUCAGCCUGGUUGAUUCAGACCCCUUCUUGAAAUACUUGCCAUCACAGACAGCAGCUGCGGCCUAUAUCCUGGCCAACACCACAGUGACUGGUGCCUCAUGGCCCAAGUCCUUGAACGAGAUGACUGGCUACUCUCUGGAAGAUCUGAUGCCAUGCAUUGAGGAUCUUCACCGCACAUACCUCAAUGCCCCUCAGCAUGCACAGCAGUCUGUCCGGGAGAAAUACAAGGGCUCAAAGUACCAUGAAGUCUCAAGCAUCAAUGCACCAACUAAACUGCAGCUGAACUGACUGCUUCAUUCCCUUCUAUCCAUGUUGUACUCCCCUGUCACUUAAUGAUGUGUGCCACAAUGUCAAAUGCCCUGCUCUUUUUGGAGUAGCACUAGGUAUUUUAGAUGUUUUUUGUUUUAUAUUUUUAUAUUCUAAAGCCCAAGAUUCAUGCCACACUACAGUUCUUGGCAAAAUCAAGAAGUUUUAAUCAGACAAAUUAUAGGUUUUAUAGCACUCUGUUGGGCAACUUGGCUUCUCAGUGUUGCUAAUUGACCUGUACAUGUACCUAAACCCACAGAACAGAUUGUGGCCUCUUUCAAUUUUUCUAGCUUAGUCUCCUAAGCAA